AUGGACUCAUACAAGGCCCGUCUGGACGCUCUACUGGAGCAUACGCCGAUCGUUGAUACGCAUAAUGACUUUGCGUGGCUGAUUCGCAUGCAAUUGCACAACCAAAUCCAUAAAUUUGGCUUUAAUUUCAACUCCGAGAAUAUCACAUGCCACACCUCGAUUCCGAAGUUGCGUAAAGGUAGAGUUGGGAUCCAGUUCUCGUCAGGAUUCGUCGAGUGUAAGGAUCCAGACCAGUACAGCCACGAUUUUAACUUGAAGUCGAGUGUAAUUAGGGAUACACUUGAGAUUUUUGACUUGACGAAAAGGAUCUGCUCUGAGUACCCAAACGAUCUGAAAUUUGUGACCAGCUGUGAUGAGGCGAUUGCAGCUUACCAUGAGGGUAAAAUUGCAAUGCCGUUAGCCAUUGAAGGUUUGCAUCAAAUUGAGGGUUCGUUGAGUGUCUUGAGACAGUACUAUGAGCUGGGGAUCAGAUACGCUACUCUAAAUCAUAACUGCGAUAACCCGUUCAGCACAGCUGCAUCUUCAAUCACAGCUGGACUGCCCGACCUGGGACUCACGCCGUUGGGUGUGGAGUGUAUUAAGGAGAUGAACAGACUAGGUAUAAUGGUGGAUUUGUCUCACACUUCGUAUAAGACCAUGCACGAUGUACUUAAGGUGACCCAGGCACCAAUCAUCUUCUCCCACUCCUGUGCGUGGUCUUUAACUCAUCACGAGCGUAACGUGAGAGAUGACGUCCUUUUGCGUGUAAAAGAGAAUGGAGGUGUUGUACAAGUAUGUUUCUUUGGUAAUUUCUUGGCUCAGGAUCCAAGCAAGCCAACAGAGGCCACUAUCGACGAUUUAGUGGAUCACAUUUUCUAUAUCGCAUCUUUGAUCGGUUGGGAACACGUUGGUUUUGGUGGAGAUUACGAUGGUAUGGAAGAAACUCCCAAGGGGCUUGAGGAUGUUUCUAAGUACCCAGAUGUCAUUUACAAAUGUAUGGAAAGAGGCGCAUCGGACGAAGAUAUCAGAGGCCUGAUGGGAAGUAACUUAUUAAGAGUGUGGAAAUCGGUGGAGAUUAUCUCCCAGAUAAUCCAGGGAAGACUACCAAGAGGUAGGGCCGUUGAGGCUGAAUGGGAAGGCAGAGUAUGGGAGUAUUAUGAUUAUCUUAAGGAUGUUAAUGAGGUUUUCCCUGGAAGUAAAGACAUUUAUUUCGAUUCGCACGUAUGGUUACCUUCAAACCACUAG